CGUUCGCCUCCCUGUCGCCGUCCGUCGAAGGAUCUGCCCUUCACUAAAAUGUAGGCGCCGAUAAGUUCAUGAGAAGGAACUCUCGGAUUAACCCAACAAUUCCAUAUGCAGAGCUUUCUACAAUAUUUUCCUGGGCUUUUCAAUGAAUUCCCUGAAGUUGUUUUUUAUGCAGAUACUUUUAAAAAGUUGUUUAAUGGUCCGGAAGACCAAUUGUUUUAAUUAUGAUGACUUUAGAAAGGAUGCCUUACAGCCUGUAAAGCACCACUGGCCAUCAUAAAAUCCUCCCCCCCCCCAGAUCACAUGGCAACAUUUCCAAUCUUGGCAACUGGUUCACAUUUAAAAUUGGCUGCAAUGUCCUGAAGUCAUGCAACUGUGAUUUGCAGCAGUUUCUGGCAAAAAAAAAUCACAUUUGUGAGAAUGGAUUAACAACCACUACAAAAUCAGUAAAAAAAGCUUCAGUCCCACAGAUGUGUUGACUUAUGACAGGAAUGACUUACAACCAAAAUUUUGUUCCCAAUUGCGAUAAUAGGUCGAGGGCUACCUGUACACUGGGAAGAGGGGGCUGUCCUUAUUGGGGAUUUGAACUCAACAGCCUGAGAACCCUUCAGCUCUAAUUCUCUUCUUACUGCUCUCUAGAAGUACAUUGGGUAGAUGGAGAGCCAUGGUGAAGCAUGGCCAGAGGGCCAACAUUCCCAGGAAGCUCCAGGAGGUGUUCGGAUGGCCCCUGGAACUGAGGAAGAAUGCGCCGUUCUCUACUCAGAUACUGAGGACGACCCCUCACUCUUGAUGGUCAAUGGCGCAGGCCCCCGAGCCCCCUUCCAUUGCUCUGAAUGUGACAAGAGCUUCCGCUAUCGUUCGGACCUGCGCCGCCAUUUUGCCCGACACACUGAACUGAAGCCUUUCCAGUGCCCUCACUGUGUCAAGAGCUUCAAGCAUUCUUUCAACUUGGUGAACCACAUCCGGAGCCACACGGGGGAGCGCCCCUACCGCUGCACCAUGUGCCCCAAAGGCUUCCGGGACUCCACGGGACUUCUUCACCACCAGGUGGUCCACACUGGGGAGAAGCCAUACUGCUGUCAUAUCUGUGAGCUCCGUUUCUCCUCCCGCAGCAGUUUGGGCCGCCACCUCAAGCGCCAGCACCGGGCAUCACCUGCCACCACAGCCCCUCAAGCGCCUACCCCGCGCUGCCUGGCCUGUGGCAAAGAGCAGAGUCCCUUGGGACACCUAUGUGCUGCCGGCCGAGGCCGGGCUGCCCCUUUCGGUUGUGGGGCCUGCGGGCGGCACUUCCAGUUAGCCUCUGAACUUCGCCGCCAUUGGCUGGCUCAUACUGACAUCAAACCCUUUAAAUGUCCGGACUGUGAGAGAGACUUCAAUGCUGCAUCCCUCUUGGAACGCCAUAAACUCACUCAUGCCAAGGACAGGCCCCUACCAUGCCAGCUUUGCUCCAAGAAAGCUCAGAAGAGGGAUGGGAGGAUGCUGGAACUGAAGGGUGUGGAAGAGCAGCUGAAAGGAGGUGAGCAGCAGGAGGAGGAGACUCAGCGGCACAGCAGAGGCUGUCCAUCCUGCCACUCUCCUGAAACUCGCCCCCCGGACACACUGUACCAGUGCGAGUGUGGAACAUUUUUUGCCAACAGCAACACCCUCACCGCUCAUCUGACUGCCCAUGGAGGCGAGCCCUCUUUCACCUGUGGCAUAUGUGGCCAGCCCUUCGUGAACUUGCAGGCCUUGGAGGAGCACCAGCUGAGCCACGCUGUGUCCACAGCACCACUACAAGGCCCAGGCAGCGAGCUAGAACGCCACCUGUUGCCCCAGCUGGAUCUCCGGACAGUCCCCACUCAGCCUGGCAAGAAACUCUACAAGUGCAGCGAAUGUGAGAAAUUCUUCCGCAGUCCCCGAGAUCUGGACCGCCACGUCUUGGUACACACCGGUGAGAAACCCUAUCAGUGCACUGAAUGUGGCAAGUUCUUCCGGCAUGAAUGUUACCUGAAAAGGCACCGUCUGUUGCACAGCGGUGAGCGUCCUUUCAAGUGCACUGUCUGCCACAAGGGGUUCAUCACCCUGAGCAACCUUUCCCGCCAUCUCAAGCUGCACCGAGGGAUUGACUAGGAGGGCUGUCCUGCUCUCCUAAGAAUAAUUUCCCCCAGCACUGCAUUCUUCUACCUCCAUCCCACAGUGGAAGCCACAGAUGUUCCCGUUUUGGAGGUAGACUUCUGCCUGAUGUUCCCGAACUCUGCCUGCCCUCACCCUCCUUCCUGGUUCAGUACUUUAGGGCAAGGACUUGAAAGGAUUAAAAUAUAUAUUAUUAUUAUUAUUAUUAUUUACCAAUGUUCCACUACUGUUAAUAGAAUACAUUGCACAUGCUUGGCAAAUUAUAAGGUUUCAGUGUGUCGGGUAGACAGGAAUAUCUCCCUGCCUAUUGACCUGAUCGGUUCCAGAAAGUUCUUGAUUUCAGAACAGGAAUAUUCAGAGCCAUGCAAAGAAGUUAUGACAGGAAAAACCCCUUGGUUUAAGUGUCUUAACGUCUGAAGGUGCUUCUAUGUGGGUGAGCUUAACCAGUGCUGAAAAUACUUUGGCCAAUAAUCCUGGAGAGCUUCGGGGCAGAGCCAUUUUCUCUCUCUCCAGAGAAUGAGGAAACUUUGCUGGAUAUUUAAAGAGGCAGAGUACUACUUCACCCUUCAGUAUUUCCCAAUCACUUUAGUCUUGUACUAAAAGGCAGCACAACUGGCCAAAAAGAUAAAUAUGCACAAAUCUAACUUGCAUCAUUCUUUAGUUUGUGUAGUUUUCUUACUUUUUCCUUUUGCCAUUCUGUUCUUGAAUUGGUAGGACUACAGUUAGAUGUACUUCCUGUCCCUCAAAGUAGAGAAAUCUUAUGUCCCUCAUAAUAACCAUUAUCCCCAAGGUUAAAUAAGGGUAACAUGUUUGUGACAUAACUGUACACAUUGUAAUUUAUUGGGAAUCUCCAAAAAAGUUCAACUUGAUUUAGAGGAGCCCGCUAAUAGAAGAUUUGAGAACCUUUACUUCACGGUAUAUAUGCUACAAAAGGGAUAUUAAGUAUUGAAAAAUAAUUCACACCACUGAUUUAAAAAAAAUCACAAAACUUAACAGCCUCUCUCUUCCACCCUCCCCUCCAAAUGUUAACUUUUUAUAUUUAUUUUAUUUAUCUCCUUUUUCCUACAGCUCCCACCAGCAUUUCUAGCACAUACUGCCCAAAUUUUCUUCCCAACAAUAGUUUUAUGAGGGAAUUUGGGGUUGCUUGAGGAGGGUGAAUUGUGUUUCCUAUUUUUAAUCUUGCAAUAUAACUUGUUUUCUCCCAUUUAUCAGCCAGAAGAAUGUUCAUUUGGGUCACCUCUGCUAUUCCUUUCUCAAAACUGUGUAAAGGCCAAACAGAUGCUUUUGCUUUGGUGUGAAGUUUCAGGGCAGAGAAACUUGGUAUUUAAUAGAAGACAAUGUUUAACAAAAUAAUUUAAAGAGUAUUUGUCAUUUUAAUGGUAAUAUUGAGGAGCUGGUAUAUUUCUCCUUCAUGGUUGGCUAUAAGAAGGGUGAAAUUUUGAGUUGGCCUAGGCUUAUGUAUAAUUUCCAAAUGAUAUUUAAAACUGCUAAAGUUUUAAGAUCUCUUGGGAGCAAGGAAAGCUCACAUUUACUUCUUAAUACUUAAAUAGGCAACAGAGAACAAACUAAAAAGCAAGGUGUAUUAUCUAAACCAGGGAUGUAUAGCCUGGGUAACUUUUAAAAUAUUUGGACUUCAAUUCUGAGAAUUCCCCAGCUAGCAUGGCUGAUUGGGAAUUCUGGGAAUUGAAGUCCACACAUUUUAAAGUUGCCGAGGUUGGACACCCUGCUCUAAAACAAGAAAUUAGAACAUAGUGAAGAGUUGUAUGUUCUUAUACCCUACAUGAAAACCUAACCCUGGGUUGGCUUUGCUCUAGUCUAUACUCUUUUGCCUGUCUGCUGCCAUUCAUAAGACUUCCUGGCUGGGCAAACUAAUUUCUCCAUUCCCUACAAAUUCUAGAUUCUGAUGGAGUAUCCCUUACCCAUCCCAAUAUGGAGUUGUUUUCUGACCAACAAUUGAGUCUUCUGGGUUUUUUUUCCUCUUUUUAAAGUCCUUGUUAGGUCCUUGGACAUCUAAUAAACUUAUGUACCUGACCAAAUUCCAGUUCCUUAUCUUCUGUGGACUGUAAGCCUUGUACCUGGGCAUUUCUGUAUUAUGUUUUAUUGAAAGAAUAAUUGCACAUGUGGGUAUUUGCUUAUGUUUUGGAAACAAAGCCUGUCCAGUUUGUCUGGCCAAGGGGCCUACUUUACCUGUCCUCUGCUUGAAGGCUUAUCUACUUCAACCUUGUUUUCAAGAUAAUUAACCAUUUGUGUGCACGUGUGAGAGGAAAAUAUAUAUCCAUCAGUAGUACCUGGGCAGUAGAAGAAGCCAGCACCUAGGUUAGUUGGUUGAAAUAUUUUCCAAUAUGGCAGGGAGUAUUGUAUUUCUGCUAAUUUACCAUUAUAUUAAACCUGCAUCAUAUAUCUAUGGA